ACAAAGAGGCCACGACAGAAGGGAGCCCUAGGCCCACUCGCGUAAACACAGCCCCCUUCACCGUCGCCUCCCCCUCGCACCUCGCGGUGCUGCCGGGUGCCCGAGGCUGCUCGGACUGUUCUGUGACUGCGAGACUGCGGAAGGAAAGCUACUGGGAACCAGACGGUCUCCUGUGCGAGUCCCUGCGGGCCAAGUUUCUGGCCACUUUUGCACGCGCCCUCCUUCAGCCCUCGCCCGCCCCUUCCAGCCGCCCAGCUGUUGUUCGCCGCCUCGUGUGCCAGCAGCCCCGGUUCCCAGCCACCAUGGUGACGGUGGAGGAGCUGCGGGAGAUGGACUGCAGCGUGCUCAAAAGGCUGAUGAACCGGGACGAGAACGGCGGCGGCGCCCUGGGGCUGCUGAGCGGCGGCAAGUGCCUGCUGCUGGACUGCAGACCGUUCCUGGCGCACAGCGCGGGCUACAUCCGAGGCUCGGUCAACGUGCGCUGCAACACCAUCGUGCGUCGGCGGGCCAAAGGCUCCGUGAGCUUGGAGCAGAUCCUGCCCGCCGAGGAGGAGGUGCGCUCCCGCUUGCGAUCCGGCCUCUAUUCGGCCGUCAUCGUCUAUGACGAGCGCAGCCCGCGCGCCGAGAGCCUCCGCGAGGACAGCACGGUGUCGCUGGUCGUGCAGGCGCUGCGCCGGAACGCCGAGCGCACCGACAUCUGCCUGCUCAAAGGUGGCUAUGAGAGGUUUUCCUCCGAGUAUCCAGAAUUCUGUUCCAAAACCAAGGCCCUGGCAGCCAUCCCGCCCGCAGUGCCCCCCAGCACGGCCGAGUCCUUGGACCUGGGCUGCAGCUCCUGUGGAACCCCACUGCACGACCAGGGGGGUCCGGUGGAGAUCCUCCCCUUCCUCUACCUCGGCAGUGCCUACCAUGCUGCCCGGAGGGACAUGCUGGACGCCCUGGGCAUCACGGCCCUAAAAAACGUCUCCUCUGACUGCCCGAACCACUUCGAAGGGCACUAUCAGUACAAGUGCAUCCCCGUGGAGGACAACCACAAAGCCGACAUCAGCUCCUGGUUCAUGGAAGCCAUCGAGUAUAUCGGUGGGUGGGCGGGCCCUGGUGGGACCGGGUCCCAGGCAGGGUGGGCAGGGUGGUAGGGACCAUGGGUAACUCCUGUGGGGAAAGGAGGGAUGGGAGGUGGUUCCCAGGGUGUACUCUGCCUUCUCCCCGCCCGUCUCCCCCCUUAUAGGAAGGCCUGCCUGUUGCAUGGUGUAUUGGGCAGGGACGGGAAACCUGAUCCUGACCUAGCCCGUGCUGUUAGCUUGCAGAGCCGAUAGCCUUUCCCUUCCAUGUCUCCAGGUUAUAUUGAUGAUAAGCCUCCUGGGAUGGGGAGGAGGACAAAGAAAGGGAGAAUUGGGUCAUUAUUUUUAUUUCUGCAGAGGAAAUCCUUGAUGUAUUGGGGUUUAGCAUGUGUUUUUUUCCAAACUCAAUGCAUGGGUUUGGUUGUCUCAAAAACAGCCUAGAGUGGUGGGGAUUCGACAGCCCCUCCACGUAGGUAUCCUCCCUGCCCCGCUUCCAGGGAGUGCCAUCCUCUGACACCUGUCCAGCCCCCUCGCCCGCCCUC